UAUGUUUAAUUUAAAAGAAAAAUCAUAAUUUUUUGUUGAGCAAGGUGUUUAUUGUGCUAUUGUUGCAGAGGAGGACCCAUUUCGGUUAUGUAUCUUUGAGCGGAGAUUACUGAGUUCAGCCCAGGUGCUGUUCACUCUGUUCUUUCUGCCCCCACUCUCCUCACUUCACUUUUUAUUUCCCAAUUCCCAAUCUAUCUACCCUUCAAGUUUUCUUUUUUCCCUUUUUUUGUUUGGCUAUUUUUUCUUACUUAAUGUGAUCUGGUACUUUUCCCCCUUUCUGUCUUUAUUUAUGGGUCUUCUGGAUUACUCGGUUUCAAGGGAUGUUGGCUUGUAAAGUUGUGAUCUUUAGGUUUUCCUGGGGAAUUUGCCAUCUGGGUUAGUGGGAGGGUAGGAGGAGGUGGUAUUUGGAAUUGAUGAUAUCUGGGUUUGGUUGUCUAGGAACUGGUAGAUAUGGGUUUGGGUGCUGAGAAUGGUAAGGUGGUGGAGCCUUGGGAUGUGUGCAAAUCAAAGGGGAGGAAGAAGAAGAAAGGGAGUGAAGAAGUGGAAGGGACUGGGUCUGGUUGUUGGCUUAGGCUCAGGUUUAUGGGCAGCUGCAUUUCCUCAAGAUCCAAAGUCGAUACCUCAGUCAGUGGCAGCGGCACCAGUACUCAUUAUGCUGAAAGUAAAUCAACUAAUGAUACUAGUAGAGACCAACCAACGGCCCCAGCAGUCUCUUCUACAACCACUAGUAAUGCCGAAAGUAAUUCAUCCACUUCCAAACUGGAAGAAGAGCUUAAAAUUGCUUCCAGGCUGCGAAAAUUCCCUUUCAAUGAUCUUAAGUUAGCGACCAGAAAUUUUCGGCCUGAAAGUUUUCUUGGUGAAGGUGGGUUUGGUUGUGUUUUCAAGGGGUGGAUUGAAGAAAAUGGAACUGCUCCAGUGAAACCUGGCACAGGGCUUACUGUUGCUGUAAAAACCCUCAACCAUGAUGGGCUCCAGGGUCAUAAAGAGUGGCUGGCUGAAGUAAAUUUUCUUGGCGACCUAGUUCAUCCGAACCUUGUUAAACUUGUGGGUUACUGCAUUGAAGAUGAUCAAAGGUUGCUGGUGUAUGAGUUCAUGCCUCGGGGUAGCCUAGAAAAUCACUUGUUUAGGAGAUCCCUCCCUCUUCCAUGGUCCAUUAGAAUGAAAAUUGCCCUUGGAGCUGCCAAGGGUCUUGCUUUUCUUCAUGAAGAAGCCGAUCGACCAGUAAUAUAUAGAGAUUUUAAGACUUCAAAUAUACUAUUAGAUGCAGAGUACAAUGCCAAGCUCUCAGACUUUGGUCUUGCCAAGGAUGGCCCAGAAGGUGAUAAAACCCAUGUGUCUACUCGAGUGAUGGGAACCUAUGGCUAUGCAGCACCAGAAUAUGUCAUGACAGGUCAUCUUACAUCAAAAAGUGAUGUGUACAGUUUUGGAGUGGUACUACUUGAGAUGUUGACUGGGAGAAGAUCCAUGGACAAACACAGACCCAAUGGUGAGCAUAACCUUGUGGAAUGGGCUCGGCCGCAUCUGGGAGAGAGGAGAAGGUUCUACAAGUUGAUAGACCCUCGUUUGGAAGGGCACUUUUCGGUGAAAGGUGCUCAGAAAGCUGCCCAACUAGCUGCUCACUGCCUUUGUAGAGAUCCAAAAUCCAGGCCUCUGAUGAGUGAAGUUGUAGAAGCUUUGAAGCCUUUGCCAAACCUCAAGGACAUGGCAAGCUCAUCAUAUUAUUACCAGACGAUGCAAGCCGACCGCAUCGGAGCGAGCCCCAACACAAGAAACGGUCGAACACAAGGAGCAUUGCUCAGCCGCAACGGACAGCAGCAAAGGAGUCUUUCUAUACCAAAUGGUACCUAUGCAUCUCCUUAUCACCAUCAGUUUCCUCAACCAUCCCCAAAGACCAAUGGCAAAGCGUAGAGCUGGUGAAAAUUCUCUUUUUCCCUUUCACCUUUUAUGUCAUUUCUUAGUUUUUCCGUGUAGAUGUACCUUGUGUCAAAGCAUCCGUUCAUGGAGAUCUUGAAAGCAAAAGAAGCAUGUUGCUUUAUGAUAUUAUUAUGUUAUGGCUUUCGCUUGAAAGAAUAUUUGGGUGGGAGCAAGUGAAGCUUAUCGAGUUACUCUCUCUUUUGUCAAAUUGUUAUUCAAUAUUUUCAUCAGGUUGUUUGAAAAUAUUGAACAUUAUGAAAUCAUCAUCCUAUCCUUAUUUUAUUUUGUUUUCACA